UCAUGUUUUUUUUCUUUUGUGUUAGGCUUACGGAAUGCCCCGCGCUGCUGGGAGGCCAUACAGCCACUCCUGUGUGCUGUGUACAUGCCAAAGUGUGAAGGCGGCAAGGUAGAGCUUCCAAGUCAAGGUCUGUGUCAGGCUACACGUAGCCCCUGUGCCAUUGUAGAGCGUGAGAGGGGCUGGCCAGACUUUCUAAAGUGCACCACAGACCGAUUCCCAGAAGGCUGUCCGAAUGAGGUGCAAAACAUCAAAUUUAACAGCUCCGGGCAAUGUGAGGCUCCUUUGGUACGCACGGACAACCCAAAGAGCUGGUACGAAGAUGUG